CUGAUGUCGAUUUCUUCUGAUUGUUCCUUUCAUCGUGUUUGUGAGGAGGAGAGGACCCGAAAAUCGUUCCACCCUCACCAUCCCCAUCUCCCGCAGGCUUGGAUUUGAAGGAUUCUCGGCUUUAAACCACCUCGGGGCCCGCAUCCAGGUCAACUCAGUGGUUGUCAGUUCAUUGUUGGAUGUUAGAACGUAAUGUUGCAAAUUGACCUUGACGGGCCUUCACGUCCGUCCCGAUUUUGUCCUAUCGAACCAUAGGAUUUUGUUGCGUUCAGAUUGAGAUGGUCGCAAAAAAGCUAUGGGUGUUUUAGGUCGACCUCGAUGCAGCGACUGGAAUUGAGUUAGAGAAAAAUUACUUCUAGACCGAAAAAUAAUGUCGGAACAAAUGGAAGCUGUGACAAAGAAUUCAUCGGUCUCCGCCAAGUCUCAACCCGACUCUUCCGAGCUAUUAAAACAAGUGACAGAUGAGCAAGAUCGUAAUGAGGCCUCAAAUCCAGUGAAUAUUGAGGCUAAAACUGAUGAGCCCUUGAACGUUGCUCAACUGAAUGAGGGCCACACUGACCCAGGUAAUGACACUUUAGAGCCUGUGUCUUCUCAAUCUGGAGAGUUUUCCCCCAUGCGCGUGUCUCCGGGACGGUUCUCGCCCACUUUAGACGAAAUCUCUGACGGGCUCUCGAGCAUUGGUUCCCCUGAUCCUUAUGUAUCCCAUCAGAAAUCAUCCGAGAUACUACCAGUGAGUGAAAAAGAGACCAGAUCCAAAUUUAGUCGGGAACGAUCUCGAUCACCUUUGUCGAGGUCCAGAUCGUGCGCUUCAGUGACGCAAGGUUUGAAGCCAGCCUCACCACUGCCGUAUGAUGAGUGCGUAAACAAGGAUCUGAGUUUAGUGAAUGACGUCUCCAUUGACAUGUCUGAUGCCCUUUCGACCAUCUCUGAUGACGAGCUUCAGAAGGGUGAGGAAGCUACGAGUCCGAAACCCGAUUCGGAAGUGUCCUUGGAGCAGAUUAGUGAAGGUGGUAGUGAUGUGGAGGAUGAUCAUCCGUCCUCGGUCUCUAAUAUUAGUGAUGGUGACAUCGAUGAGAUUGAUGACGGUGUCGAUGACUUUGAGGAAGAAAGUUGUGAAGACGAAGUGAUCUCUCGACUCCGAGAACCCCUGCCUUAUCCAACGGAUCAAGACGGGAAUCGUGUGGUGAAGGUAACCAAAGUCAUUGAAACAGCGCGUGAUCGAAAACAACCGGAACCUUUGUUUCCUCCGGGGAAGCAACCCAAGGCUAAAAAAGCCACGUUUUUGUGUUUAAACUGUGAACAGUCUGGUCAUCGAGCCAAGGAUUGUCCGACCCUUGAGUGCUACAAAUGUCACAUGAAAGGCCACUUCUCCCGGGAGUGUCCCAACCCCCCCGUUGUCAAAGUUUGCCUCAUUUGUUCCCGUAAGGGGCAUCUCGACAAAGAUUGCUGGUACAACCCGGCGAAUGCUUCGGCCAAAUCCACCCAAUAUUCCCAGUUCAACUCCCAACGUUCUCAUCAUCGCCCUCCUCCCCCUCCUCCCCCUCCCACUUUAUCCGCUGGGCCUAGAGAAACGACCCACUCCCAGCGGUUUUUGCCUCCAGCUCCAAAACCUCCCACAAUCUCUAUAGAUUACGGCCACAGAUCCAAUGAGGUCGGGCAGUCAUUUGCCUCGCCCUCGGCUCCUCUGAAGCGAUCCAAGACUUUGUGGCUUUUCUUCAAGGAGAAACUCAUCCAGAAGAAUCAAAACCCUGAACUGGCUCAGCCCAUGAUCAUGACGUGGACCAUGGCCAAUCACUCAGAAGGUACUCUGGCCGAUGUCAUGACCCGAAUCCGGCCCAAAUCUCAAGUGGAACUUCGUCUCAUUCUGAUCAAAGAAUUAGGACGCAUCGAGGCCAAGCACAUCCCCAUGUCUGUGAAUGUGAGCGAGUUGCUCGACGAGACGGUGGAAUAUCUCAUGAUGUAUGCUAACCCUUACUCCCUGCCCAUGUCCACGACUAGUUCUAGUUUUCCCUCGUUGCGGUCGUCGGUCAGUGUGUCUUCUUCGACUGCCGAUUCGUUUGGUGCCUUUCAAGGUUCAACGUCGUCGUCGCCAUCCUCGGCUGUGAAUAUCGAUAAGAUUCAAAAUGCAUUAAAGAACGUGAACGCCAUGGAGCGGUUCAAACACCUCGAUAAAGUCAUUGAAGGUCAAUUAAGUGGCGACAUUCGGGCUAAGAUGGCCUACGAAGGUCGAUGGCAAAGUCUGGCCGGACUUCGCGGGUUCAUCUCGGGCAAGUUGCAAGUGAUGAAAGAAAUGUUCGGGAUCAGUGAUGACUACAUUGCCGUGGUGUCCUGGACGAUUCAAAAGCUCUUGGCACAUGUCGGGUUUUGCGACUACACGCUUCAAACCAUGUUCACUACGUAUGGUAGGCUAUAUUUGGAGGAAAACUUGGCCGAAAAACUUCAACCCUAUGGCAAAGAUUUCCCUUCAGGUGUGACGGUGAACUACAUAAUUUCCACCGUGAGCGAUUACAUGCGAGACUUGAUUUCUGCUGAUUAGCAAGCCAAGUUCCAAGGGUGAAAAAUUUCUGUGUGUUUGCGCCCCGACUGGAAACUCGUUUUGCAAUGAUGUGCAUUGCGUUUAUGGGCAUUCAGGAUGCUUCAAAUCCCGACUGUAUGGUUUCUUAUGCAAAAUAAAUGUUAAAAGAACAA